AUGAAGCUUCGCAGCACUAUCCGUCCGCCCAAACGGCUGUACUCUGAGGAGUAUGUAUCUACUUACUCUGAGGUAAACUUACGUCGAACUCCAAAAUCCAUAGAAAGGCCGCCUAUCAUCGAGUUCAACCCCAAUCUACCAUCCGCUGCAUUCCCUACUCUGGACAACUCACGCUCACCUGAAUCGAACGCCGAUAGCUUCGACAGCUGCGAGGAUAUUUCUGAGGAGGAGAUGGACUUUGAAGAUUUCACGUUUACUGAGAUUGAGAAUCUCAAAGCUAGCAAUGGUCCCUUGAACCCGAUCUAUGUAAGAAAUAUGGAGUUGAUGGCCAAUGCAGGCUGUAGUCCAUCGCACAUGGAUUACCUUGAUAUGCAGGAUAGCGAUGGAGAUGAGAUUGAUGAUGGGCUUGACGGUGGACCUUCCGUGGUCAGUAACUCCACUGGGGUCUCUCUUGGCCCUGACAAUGGUCUCCAAAUAGGUGCAAGCUCAUUGCUGACCAAGCCUCAGUCUGUUCCCGAAUUUCCAGAACCCCAAUGGUGCGAUCUACCCGUGUCUCUCAGAGUUGAGAUCGUCAGCAAUCUUCUUCAGUCAAACCCAUGGUCACGCGCAUGCAUUAUGCUGGGACUUAGCGUCAGAGAUCAAGUGGAUCUUCGAGAAGCGUGGAGCGAGCGUGACAAGCAAUUGGACUACGAGGACGAACAGCUGGAAAAGAUGCAAGAGGAACGGCUGAGGGCCUUGAUGCGGAUCGACAAUAGUCUUCCGAACCGUGAUCGUGACUGGCAUUCGAUUUGGGCGUUGUUUGGUAAGACUCGCCGUCAAGCACGCCGCGAUAUACAGGAGCAGCAGAGAGAGUCCGAUGGUAACUUCUUCAUGUGCAAUUCCGACGAGAUCGCCGUGGCCAAGAGAUUCCUAAGACAACGAGGGUUGAGCGUCAAGCUUGUUGGGGAAUGGUGCAAUACUAUUCCUGUCGUCGAGGGUCCCGAUGGAGACGAGUCUGGUCCUGGUAAUUCAAAGCCAACAACUCUGAAGUGGAAUUUGAAGCCAACUGGCAUUGACAUAAGUGGUUUGAAGCCAGGGACCUUUCCUGCUAGGAACAACGCGACUGCCUCGAAUAAAGCUACCGUGCCAACAGCUUCCAAGGUAUCGCUAAUUAAUGAUAUCAACGGUUUCGGGGCAUCAACCUCUGCCAGACCAGUGGACAGAACCCGACAUCGAAGCGGCGUCGUCAAUACUGUAACCAGUUGGAUAAAUGCCCCGAGUCAGAGGUCCGCGCAGUCUCCUCGGCCUAACGGACUUGUUAGCCAGGAUAUUGGAAUGCAGCGCGCUGCACAAAUUGAAUCUACCGCGGAGCCCCAGGCAGUCGACCCGACAAGAUUGGCUCGUCAAACCCCUCCGGAGGACCGCAUCUUUCAGGGUCCCAUCCCGCCAGUGGAGGGCGCUGCUGAUACUCAUGAGGUACCCUCCUGCCCAGUCCAUGCCCCAAGACAAAGAACCCCUCCGACUGGACCGGAGGAGCCCGUUCGACGGGCCAUGGGUGGAUGUUGGUCUUAUCUGUCUGCUGGGCCUAAUCAGAACCUGGCGAACACUGCUACUAGACCCCGUCGGAGGAGGCUAGAGGGAACCACAUCUGGUUUGCGAAAUGAGAUAACCAGGACUGAUCAUGGCAGUAACGAGCAGCGACCGCCCGUCCCACAGACUGAUGCGAGAACAGAGAUACAUCCUAUUGCUCAGCCAGAGCAGGGUUCCGUACCUGAGUUCCAGCCGACAGCCACAAGAAACCUGAGAAGCCCGUCCAUCAUAGACUUAGACGGAUUCCAUCCCGCGACAACCCACAGGGGAUUACUUCCGUGCAACGAUGGGCAGAUGUCGCGAACAGUUUCUCCUGCCCCGGUUGAAGAAGAUGCGAGGGAAGAGACUGAUAGCAUGACAAUCACGCCUCCUACUUCAGAUGUUCCCCUUACACAUGCUUCACAGGAUUCUGAGGGCGAAGAACUAACGAACGAUGAUCAUUGGGAAGGAAGUGAAGACGAAGAUGAUAUGGAAUUGGACGAAAUGGUACUUGUCCCAUGCUCUUCGAGCUGA